AAAGGAAAAAAAAAAAAUUAUAAAACAAAGAAAUCUCUCCCCUAUUGAUGCUGCCUGAUGGUUACUCUGCUCAAACUUGAGGCCCUCCCCUUCCCUUCUGCUCUAUCCAAAUCCAACAUCCACUGCUUCCCAUUUUUCUCUGCGUUAACGCCAGGAUAUGAUGAGCACCAUCUCAAGCCACCGUUAUAAUUGGUCACUAGGAUUUCAAGAGCAUUUUGUUAAAGGAAGAUCUAGUAAAGUUCCAUUUCCCGGAUAUUCUGGUACACAUCCUCCUUCCAGAAGAUUGGAAAGACUGGCUUUCCUCCAUGGUCAAUGCCUAGAUCAUAGAUAUCAUGAAGGUAUUAAGAAAUACAGGCCUGUCUUGGCCAGUAUGGUGGAUGAUGGCAUGGAUCCAGAUGACUCAGAAGAUAGUAAUAAUGAGAAAGAAUCCCCAAAAAGUGAAACUGGAGGAAUGAACAGUGAUAUACUUCGAGAAAAUCUUGAAAGAAUUGUUGGCACAGAUGAUUCCACCUUCAGUGGAAUAGACCUUGCAAACCUAAUCAGGAACAAGUAUGGGAGGUCUUAUGAUGUUCAACUAAUAAAGAAGGAGUUCCUGGGAAGAAAUCUUCUUGCAUUGAAUGUGAUGUGGAAGUACAUGGAGCAGGUUUCCUCCUAUUUUCAUGCGAUCAUGGGGAUCCUGUUACCUUUUCCAAUCCUAGCACCUUUUUCCAAUGUGCAAUGUUGUAACCACCUAAAUGAAUGAAGGGGAAAGCAACUCUAAUAAAAGUAUUUUGUUUACUCUUCCUUUUCAACUUUUACGGAAAAGUUUAAUUACUGCAUAUUCAACAUAUUGAAGUUAUUGUACCACUUAAGCAGAACUGUACUUCAUGUGUAAAUCAUAUCACACCUUAUGCAUGCACAACUUAUUUUUCAGCCAUUUCAUUAUUUUCAAACCCUCUAAUUUUUGUCAUAUAACCUCAGGUCCUUGUUGUCAAUUAUUUUAUGAAGGAUUUAAUCUGGGGUUUCUUUUCUAUCCUAUUAAUACCUUAUAGACUCCUUUUUGUAUCAAAGGAUCCUUCAUCCUUUUCUGCCAAAGAGAAAUUGUUCUUGCCUUUGAACUUCUCUACGUCAUACUUGGUACUCAUCAUAUUGACCUUUGGCAUUGAUCUGAAACCCAAACCUAGACUCUUAUACCACUUGUGCAAAGGAUAAUGAGCACUAAAAAAAUCAUAAAGCAACCACACAGGACAUUUGCAUGUUUCCCUAUAUGUGAUGUACAUCCACAGAAAAUGAUGAUCAAGAAAUCUACUAACCAAAGAUGAAGUACAAAAUAGUGGUGAAGAGAAAACAUUCGAAUUAAAUCCCAAGACACCCAAAACUUACUCCCACAUACUAGGCAAAAAUAAUUUCUUCUAUUUUUAAUUCUCUAUCUGUGAGAGAAAAAAUAGAGAGUGAGCAAACAAAAGAGACAGCAGCUCACACCAAUCUUGUUAUGAGGCACUUCUCUCAAUCCUCUCUUAUUGUGUGCUACAAGCUCCCUUUCUAUUGUUGAACUUCAGAAAUCUCCUUUCUAAAUCUUUCAUGUGGCCAUUUUUUCAUGUAAGAGAAUGAUGAUAGUUAUUAUGCAGAGCACCUCUGACUUGACUGUAACUUCAGUUGGCUGAGAAAAUAACUGAAAUUCUCCCGGAAAAGGAGAGUAAGUCAGCAGAAAAAUCUUCUGCGUUCUUCCACCAGAGUUGGUGUAGAGGAAGGGUAGGAGUGAAUUGAAGAAGGAUUUCAAAACCGUCUUUGUAAAAGGGUGUGUAAUUCGUGUGUAAGCAAGACCACAUAUUCAGGAAAGUAAAGCCAUGUGAGCUGAUGGGAUCCCAAGUUCCAACAACAUUUAUUUAUAGUUUGGUCAAUUUGGGAAGAGGUUUUUUUGUUUGAAGUUCAAGAUUAACAUUGUUGUCUUCAACUUGCAUAUUAACCCCCUACUUAUCAAAAAAAAAAAAAAAACUUGCAUAUUAACCCCCUAUAUUAUAUGAUAUUUAACCAUCUGACUAGAACUCAGCAAAGAAAGGAUCUAAAAAAUGGGAAAAGGUUAUUUAACCUUCAUUGGCAACAUAUAUCUGCAAUUGGGUUAUCAAGGAAAUGAAAUCCCAAGUUACAUAUUGCUAAAAGGAUUAUCAUUCAAAAGGAAAAAAAGGCAAAAGGAUGCAAAUCUGGUGAGAGAAAUAAUGUACUUAUAUGUAUAUAGAAGGCAGUUUAAAAAGCAGCCUUUAGAGAUAGCCAAUUGAAGUUUUCCCCGGA